AACCCCAGUUUGUAUCAUCUCAAACACCACUCAAAACAUCAAAUCAAUAGAGUUUUAUUGAUUUAGUAUCAAUUUUCUUCCGAAAUGAAGUUCUUGCAAACCUUCUCCGUUUCUUCAUUCCUUCUAAUUACCCUUUCCAUCACCUUGGCUAAUGCAGCCACUUUUGAUAUUACAAACAAUUGCCCAUACACUGUCUGGGCGGCUGCUGUGCCCGGUGGUGGUAGACCGCUUAACCAAGGUCAAACAUGGACCAUCAGUGCUGAACCCGGCACAAAAGAAGCCCGCAUUUGGGCCAGAACCAAUUGUCAGUUUGAUGGCAAUGGGCGAGGCAAGUGUGAAACCGGUGACUGUAACGGCCUUCUCGAAUGCCAAGUCUACGGCACACCACCAAACACAUUGGCUGAGUACGCUUUGAAGCAAUACAUGGACAUGGACUUCAUUGAUAUGUCUAAUAUCGAUGGGUUUAAUGUUCCAAUGGAGUUCAGUUCCGUUUCAGGUGGCUGCAACCGUGUGAUUAAAUGCACGGCGGAUAUCAUCGGCCAGUGCCCGAAUGAGCUCAAGGUUCCUGGAGGAUGUAACGGCCCAUGUCCUGUAUUCAAGACGGAGGAACACUGCUGCAAUUCUGGCAACUGUGGACCUACAAAUUACUCCAAGUUUUUCAAGGAUCGGUGCCCAGACGUUUACAGUUAUCCUAAAGAUGAUGCAACUAGCACAUUUACUUGCCCCAGUGGGACUAACUACAAGGUUGUAUUUUGCCCUUGAAGUCUUGUGAAGACCGGGUCAAAAUAAUACUACACUUUGUCUAUGGAAUAAGGCCUUGAAUAAAUUUGUCAUUAUAAUUAAGCACACAUAAUGAUGUGCACUUAUAAUUAAUAAAUGUAAUACCAAUGAUGAAAUCAUGAAUUUCAUUGAUGGACUUGUUAUAAUUUUAAUUUUUGUUUGUAUUUCAAUAGAUUUUCCCGUAGGUGAUCAAAGCCAGCAAACAUAUGAACCCUAUUUAUCAACUCCCAAUUAUUUA